AUGGCUUUCAAAAAGUUUGACAUCUCUGGUAGAACCGCCUUGGUUACAGGGGGUGGAAGAGGCAUUGGUCUUGCGUGUGCUUUAGGUCUUAUCGAAGCGGGAUGCAAUGUUGGAAUCUUUGACGUGAUCGAGAAUACUGCUAAUAUAGAGCAGCUUCAGAAAGACCAUGGAGUGAAGAUUGUCCACUACAUCGUUGAUAUCUCAGACCCGGAGAAGCUGGAUGAAGGGUUCAAACAGUUUUCUAAAGACUUUGGUGGAAAUCUCGACAUUUGCGUGCCAUGUGCGGGAAUCAACAAAAACCUUGAGUUUUUGAACACCACUUAUGAACAAUUUGACCACCUCAACAGCAUCAAUUUCAGAGGAUCCUACUUCACAGCACAGUUGGCAGCAAAACUGAUGAUCAAGAAUAAAACUGAAAAGGGAAGCAUCGUAUUCAUUUGCAGUAUGGGAUCAUAUAUCGCUAUCAGAUCGCAGAGAAGCAGUGCUUACUGUGGAACAAAGGGAGGAGUCAGAUCUAUGGUGGCACCAAUUGCUGCUGAGCUACAUAAAUAUGGGAUCAGAGCAAACUCCAUUAGUCCUGGUUAUGUGAAGACUGCCAUGACCGAGUGUUUUCCUGAUCUUGUAAGGGACUGGGGUUCAGAGACUAUGAACGGAAGAGUCGCAGAUCCAGAAGACAUAGCUGGGACGUGCGUAUUUCUAGCCAGUGAUGCUAGCAGCUAUUUGGUCGGAGAGGACAUAGUGGUCGAUGCUGGUGUCACAAAAUGGUGA